AUCGCUCAGACGUUAUUUAUUUUCUCUUGCGCUCAAUUCCUUCCUCCCCAAAUCUCGCCUGCAAGCUGCCUCCAGCCCGCGGGGGUCGACAGCGGCCCUUGAGCCCCCAGCCUCAAUCCUCAGGGCCCGGCCUUCCCAUUCAUUAUUGAUCAUAUUUUAUAAAUCCAACGCCACACAAUUUUUUCCACAUUACUGGGAGCCUCCGGGAGGCCGUCAGAUCAUUGGCCGAGGGGAUAUCACGUGGGCCGGGGUCACGUGGUCCGAAGAGGAAAAAGGGGGUCCUUUUUGGUGUAAAUCUGGACUCUAAUUCUGUAAUAUAUCAAGGAAUCUCGUAAAACCGACACUAAAACGUCCCUGACUACAAAUCAUCUGGCCAAAUUAUGAGUUCAUUGUAUUAUGCGAAUGCUUUAUUUUCUAAAUAUCCAGCCGCAAGUUCGGUUUUCGCUCCAGGAGCCUUCCCCGAACAAACUUCUUGCGCCUUUGCCUCCAACCCCCAGCGCCCGGGCUAUGGAGCAGGUCCGGGCGCCCCGUUCUCCGCCUCGGUGCAGGGCCUGUACUCUGGCGGGGGUGGCAUGGCGGGCCAGAGCGCGGCCGGCGUCUACGCGGCCGGCUACGGGCUCGAACCGAGUUCCUUCAACAUGCACUGCGCGCCUUUUGAGCAGAACCUCUCCGGGGUGUGUCCGGGCGACCCCGCCAAGGCGGCUGGCGCCAAGGAGCAGAGGGACUCGGACUUGGCGGCCGAGAGUAACUUCCGGAUCUACCCCUGGAUGCGAAGCUCAGGGACUGACCGAAAGCGGGGCCGACAGACCUACACUCGCUACCAGACCCUGGAGCUGGAGAAGGAAUUUCACUACAACCGCUACCUGACCCGGCGCCGGCGCAUCGAGAUCGCGCACGCGCUCUGCCUCACCGAAAGACAGAUCAAGAUCUGGUUUCAGAACCGGCGCAUGAAAUGGAAAAAGGAGAAUAAAACCUCAGGCUCCGGGGUCACUGGCCAGGACAAGGCAGAAGCCGAGGAGGAAGAGGAGGAGGAAGAGUGAGGGACAGAGAAAGUGAAGAGGAGGAGAGAAAAGAGGGGGAGAACCCAAUUCUGGGAACUGAAGCACGAAAACUCAAAUAAGGGGGAAAACUCUAUUUAAAUGAA